GCGCAGGCGCAGGCGCAGAGGCCCGAGGCGGCGGUGGUGGCUGCCGCUGGCCAGUGUAAGAUGGCGGCGGCGUUGGUGGCGGCAGUGGACGGGGCGGCUGGGCCUGGAACAGUCGGAGCAUCCGCUGGCAGAAGGAUGACCCAAGACGGGAAGCAGGCUGCCGAGCCUCGCCGGCUCCCGUGCUUGUAACUGUCCCAGCCGGACGCCCUCCCCUUGACCUACCCGUUCUUCAGUGAACCUCCAGACCAGUUUUCUCAGGAACCAGCCUGGCCUUACAUCAUUGAUAAAAGGAGGAAAGGCUGGAUACAGCAAAUACCAUUUUCAAGAUGUCCAGCAAAGGGAGCAGCACAGAUGGCAGAACAGAUUUAGCUAAUGGAAGCCUGUCUAGCAGUCCAGAAGAGAUGUCUGGAGCUGAAGAGGGAAGGGAAACAUCCUCAGGUAUUGAAGUAGAGGCCUCAGACUUGAGUUUGAGCUUGACUGGGGAUGAUGGUGGCCCCAACCGCACCAGCACAGAAAGUCGAGGCACAGACACAGAGAGCUCAGGUGAAGAAAAGGACUCUGAUAGCAUGGAGGACACUGGCCAUUAUUCCAUCAACGAUGAAAACCGUGUUCAUGACCACUCAGAGGAAGAGGAAGAGGAACAGCCUCGGCACCGCGUACAGCGCAAACGGGCCAGCCGUGAUCAGGACUCAUCCGAUGAUGAGCGAGCCCUGGAGGACUGGGUAUCCUCAGAGACAACAGCUUUGCCCCGACCUCGCUGGCAAGCCCUUCCUGCCCUUCGGGAGCGGGAGCUGGGUUCAAGUGCCCGCUUUGUGUAUGAGGCUUGUGGGGCAAGAGUCUUUGUCCAGCGUUUCCGCCUGCAGCAUGGGCUCGAGGGCCACACCGGUUGUGUCAAUACCUUGCACUUUAACCAGCGUGGGACCUGGCUGGCCAGUGGCAGUGAUGACCUGAAGGUGGUGGUGUGGGAUUGGGUGCGGCGGCAGCCAGUACUGGACUUUGAGAGUGGCCACAAGAGUAAUGUCUUCCAGGCCAAGUUCCUUCCUAACAGUGGUGAUUCCACCCUGGCUAUGUGUGCCCGGGAUGGGCAGGUCCGUGUGGCGGAACUAUCUGCUACACAGUGCUGCAAGAACACAAAGCGUGUGGCCCAGCACAAGGGAGCAUCCCACAAGUUGGCCCUAGAACCAGACUCUCCCUGUACGUUCCUGUCAGCUGGUGAAGAUGCUGUUGUCUUCACCAUUGACCUGAGACAAGACCGGCCAGCUUCGAAACUGGUGGUGACGAAGGAGAAGGAGAAGAAGGUGGGGCUGUAUACAAUCUAUGUGAACCCUGCCAAUACCCACCAGUUCGCAGUCGGCGGGCGAGACCAGUUUGUACGGAUUUAUGACCAGAGGAAAAUUGAUGAGAAUGAGAAUAAUGGAGUGCUAAAGAAAUUCUGCCCUCAUCACUUGGUGAACAGUGAGUCCAAAGCAAACAUCACCUGUCUUGUGUACAGCCACGACGGCACAGAGCUCCUGGCCAGUUACAAUGAUGAAGACAUUUACCUUUUCAACUCUUCUCACAGUGAUGGGGCCCAGUAUAUUAAGAGAUACAAAGGUCAUAGAAAUAAUGCUACAGUAAAAGGCGUCAAUUUCUAUGGCCCCAAGAGUGAGUUUGUGGUGAGCGGUAGUGACUGCGGGCACAUCUUCCUCUGGGAGAAGUCCUCUUGCCAGAUCAUUCAGUUCAUGGAGGGAGACAAAGGAGGUGUGGUAAAUUGUCUCGAGCCCCAUCCUCACCUACCUGUUUUGGCAACCAGUGGCCUGGACCAUGAUGUGAAGAUCUGGGCACCCACAGCUGAAGCUUCCACUGAGCUGACGGGGUUAAAGGAUGUGAUUAAGAAGAACAAGCGAGAACGGGAUGAAGAUAGCUUGCAUCACACUGACCUGUUUGAUAGUCACAUGCUUUGGUUCCUUAUGCAUCACCUGAGACAGAGACGCCAUCAUCGGCGUUGGCGAGAACCUGGGGUUGGGGCUACAGAUGCGGACUCUGAUGAGUCUCCCAGCUCCUCAGACACAUCCGACGAGGAGGAGGGCCCUGACCGGGUGCAGUGCAUGCCAUCCUGAGGCCCCAAACUUAGGAGGGAUGGGCUGGGGCUGCCAACCCGAUCCUGCCUGGGCAACUCUUUCGGAUCCAGGCCCUUACAUUCAUCAGAAAUGCACUUUGGACUUUUUGUUUAAAUAAAGAUAUCCGAGAAGGACAGACCACAGGAGAUUGAACCAGCAGAGAGCCCCUAGGAGUGAGAGACAGCCUGUAUGAGCUUCCAUGGAAAGGUGUAAAGGACUCAGCCGAAGUGGGCCUCUCCCAUUGUUGGGGAGAGGAACAAAGCCUUUUGUUAACUGGCUUGGAUAGGAAGUGGGGCUUAUUUUUCUUUAACCUCCCUUGUUUCUUUUGUGGGGGUGGGGAAGGACUGGCUGUUCAGUACCGAGGGGCCAGAGAGGAGGGUAGGAAUGCCACUCUCUUUGGUUUAGGUUUUUCACCUUUCCCCCCCACCCUUUGUUUUUUAAGAAGUCUGACAGUUCCAUUGUUUUUUGCCCCUGAGCAACCACAUCCCAAGACCCCGUUUUUUUCUGGGAAUUCCUUCCGAGUCCCUAACCAUCCCAGUAGUUUUCUCUUCCCUUUCCACUGCACUUACUCUGUAUUUACCACAGUGUUUUGCACUUGAUUAUGUAUCUUCCACUUUUUCCUCUUCAUCCCAUCCCCCUCCUAAUGGGGGUCUGUGAUGGUGGUCAUGGAGAAGUGGGGGUGGGCCAAGAGAUGGAAGAACAGAAAGAAGUUACCUCUUUGUUUUGUUUUUAAUUGUUGGGUGGCAGCAAUUUCCCUGUCCCUAUCACUGUUAGAGGCCUAAUUUUAUAUCUAUAAAUAUAUUAAAAAGCAAGUUAAACUUGGGCGUAUCAAGUUAAAAUUAUUGUCAAAAGUUUAAAUACCUAUAUAUUCUCUAUGAAUACAAUGCAAUAAAGGGACUUAAAGGAA